AUGUCUAAGAGUCUGUUUGGACAGGGGAAGAAAUCUCUAGAUACAUUUUUCUGGGUAAACGAGAUAACUGGAGAAAUCACCUACCCUUCAAUGAAGGCAGAUGUACCUGAAGCUUCUCCAGCUUCUCUGGAGAAUCCCCAAGAGAGGCCCGGAUCUCAGUAUGGGAGCAUGCAGGGGGCUCCUCUCAGUGCCCAGGGCCCAUCCAGCAUACCUGUACAGAAGGCUGCCCUUCCACCUCCUCCUAAGGCUUCACUGAAAGACACUGGCUCAAGGUACUGCCUCCCAUCUACACCAACCCAUGGCCUGGCUAAGGCUGGAGCAAUGAGCACCUGGCUGCUCUCAGCAGUUCCUGUGACUAUCUCACCACGAGGAAGUGCUCUGCCAACAUGUGGCCCCCUUGGACAAGUCCCUCUGCCCCCAGCUUCUUCCUUUCCUCCCAGUCCUUCUACCCCCUGGGCCUUCACCUGCAAGCUGAAAAAUGUCCUUACUGGGAAUAACCGAUUUUCCUUUUGA